AAAACGUUUACGGGUUUCGUCGUAAAUGGCCCCGCCAUUCUUUCCACUUUGCCCACUCAUCAAACGAUCCGUCCAUCUCCAUGGUUCAUUGACCAUGCCCCUUUCCCUCCCGUUUCGUUUCCAAAAUUACCGCGCAUUUGUGUAUCUCUACACGUAAAGGGACGUGGCCACAGCUUGAUUGUUACCAGCAUGGGGUGCAAUUGAAGUGAAAGCAAAGAGAAUCCCGUCAUUACAUACCAUUACAUUCAGUUUCCUCCACUGCAUCUAACGUUGGCUUGCGAGUUCCGAUCUUGGUUCCCGCGAUUCUCUGUCCGCUUCUCUCUCUUGUAAGCGACCGACCUCGUUCGCUCUACCUACCUAGUCAUCUCCAUUUCGCCCCCUUUUGCGCUCCAGGUCUGGGCAAUUGGCAAUCAAUCAAGCAAUCAACUUUGUGCAGCUCCGUUCCUCGCUAUCUGGACAAACAGCGUAUUGCAUGUGCAUUUGGGUUCUUUUGUAUCCGCGCAACCGUCUUCCUCCAACCACUUGUACGUUAACGUGUACGCCGGGCAGCAGCACCUUGACGGUACCCCAUGCCAAUGCCCGGGUGCGACAACGACGCAACUCUUCCACCUCCAGCUGUGAUUUGGCAGACGUGGAUCCAUCAACAUCCACAUCAUCCUACUCCAUCCAUUGCCAACGACGACUGAGCAGGGCACACGACGCAUUUCUGACCUUCUACAAACAUUCCCCUCCUCACCUAACCUAUCUGUUUGUCGCCAGUAGGGUCCUGCGGAGAAGCGAGCCGGCUAGGGUUGGGAAACACAAGACAGGCCACCACACCACCAGGCCAUCGCAUUACCGGUACACCGCAACCACUCGCAUCUUCAGCUCACUGGUAGACGAAAGUCAGCUUCCUUUGUCACCCACGCGCCUUGCAUUCCCGGAUCAUCCGCUACAGUCUUGUUCUGGCUCUUCAAUUCCACCCCCUAUACCGCCACCAACAGUUCCUCCGAGGGGAAACUUGUCCACAUUGACUCCUUCCAAGCUCGUCACGAUAUCUCAUCUUUACGAUUGAUCCACCUUCAGAAAGCGACUUACUACUUGCUAGUGUAGCUUUGCGGAUUUUAUGAAUUACACACAAUUGGAAACUCCAUCGCUAUCUCCGUGAGGGACUCCAACGGCUCUCCCGGGACUCCAUCAACCGUGACGACGACGACCCCGCUCGCACGAACCAGGGACACCUUGCCGAAACUUUUCACGUUUGGGAUAUAUGAUCUCGGUAUAUCGAUCU